UCUACGCCUGUCAAAUAACAACUUCGCAAAUAGUCAUCAAUUUUCCCAUUUUUUCCGUUUUUUAAAGAGCAAAGAGACGCGACUUGAGUGAAAAAAGAUGCCAGUUAUUGGCGUGAAACGAGAUGAGCUCUUCAAGGCACUCGGCAAGACUUACAUUUCAAUUGAUGCCAUCAUCGAAUGCCUCGAGGUUUUCGUCCACACAGUCCUUUACGUGCGCAAAUUGUAUCCCGAUGAGAUUUUUAGACGACGAAAAAUCUAUGGAGUUCCCAUUUUUGUCUCAAUUUAUCCAGCAUUGAACGAAUAUCUCGUGAUGGUUCUCAAAACUGCCAAAUACCUCCUCACAGAACAAAAGUUGGAAAAGUUGGAGAUUGUUUUUUAUCGCAACACAGACGCCGGCGAGCAUCGUCUCGAAAGUUAUUGUGUCGAAUUUGAUGUUUUUAGUCAGAGCAGAAGAAACGAAAAAGAUGUACAUUUGUACGAUUUUGAAGAUGUCGCUCGAAAGUCUCUUUUGCAACUUGAGGACCGGAUAAGGGGUGUCGGGAAAUUGCCAUCAAAUGCGAAAUUCAAGUUGUUAUUGCACACGACACGAACGGCGUACUUGAGUUUGAAUGAAAAGCCAGAUCUUUGUGAGUUUUUGUGGUUUCGAGAUGAUGCGCCAACAGAAAGUCAAAAGAAAGCUAUUGUCGAGCAGAAGGAAAUUUUGCCGUUGACUGCAGUGGAACGAAUUGGAAUGCAAAUGUAUUUGGAAAGGAGCUGUGAUUAAAAAUUUUGUUAAGGGGAUCUUUGUUUAAUAAAGUUAAAUUUUUUAAAAACUA